UUGCACAGGUGAAGUGUUCACAUCCAGGAGAAGCACAGCUUCCUCACACAGACAGCCAGCUUCCUCCCGCUGUGUGCAGACGAGGUGCAUCGCCGGCAAGGUGUCCUCUCACAGCAUGCUGCUGCUGCUGCUCCUGUGCGCGUCUGCGGUGGCAGAGGUGCUCCCCCCCAUCACGGUGGUUGCCACGCCCAACGACUUUGUGUUUGAGGGCCAGACGCUCACCCUGAGCUGCGUGUCAGCUUCGGGGGGGGCCGUCUCUCCUCUCGUGGUUUGGAGCUGGGAGAGGGAGGGUGUCAACACCUCCGAGAGCGUGGGUUCGGGCCAGAAGCUGAGCCUGAGUGCCGUGGAGCAGAGCGGCAACUACCUCUGCCAGGCAUACCUGCCCAUGGAGGGUAUCGAGCAGAAAAGCAAGCUCCACGCAGUGCACAUCCUCCCCCAGCCAGGGCUUCUGACCAUCGGCAUCGUAGCGUUUGCCCUGGUACUGCUGGCCUGGACCAUCCUGCUCCUGAUACUUCUGUACCUCUACAUGGGACGGGCCAAAGCAAGCAAGGCCCUGAAGAACCUGGACAGACAAGCGCCCCCUGGAGGUCUCCCGGGUUCUCAGACCUGCAUACAGACAGUGCAGGGGCCGAUGGCAGGAGGAGACAUCUACAUGAACUGCAAAGAACUGGCGGAGACCUACUGUGACCUGAACCCCUCCAGGAAGAAGGAGAACUUCUAUGGCAAACUGACCUGAGAGUCACAGCCGGCAGCCUCCCAGAUGCGGCACAGCGCCGCUGCCAAAGCAGCCAAGCCGUGUUACUGCAAAGCCGGAAGCAAAAGCGCUUGACUCCGUCCCUCCAAGCUGUCCUGCUGUCUCUCAGUCCGCUUCGUCCCGCUUUGCUCCUGCUGCUCGCCAGGCAUGGUGCUCGUCUUAGGCUGCCUUGCUGGGGUUAUUUCACUGCAAGGGGGAGUCACUAUCUAUUAUAUCUUUCUAAUGCUUUCACUUUUCUGUAUGCUGAUGUAUUGAGCAGAUCAACAGACAAAGAUUAAAAAGGAAAUUAU